AUGUCUUCGCACGAGAUAUCGAUCAUCGACCACGAGAUCAAAGAAUACACCCACAACAUAUACACUGUAACCUUCCACGACUACAGCAUUCAGACCAUGGUCACCCACUCUCAUUCCAUCGCAGCCGACUGGCUCACGUCCUGCAGCUCCGAGCUCCGCGAUGUUGGCUCGUCCCACAACUUAGAGCUCCACAUCAUCGGUCUGGACAUCGGAUGGUUUCCCAACUUGCAUGACCAAGACAACCCAGUUGCACUCCUGCAGAUUGCAGUGGGCACGCGUUGUCUGAUUUUCCUAUUUCAACAUGAGCCUGGCAUCCCCCAGUCCCUCCUCGGCAACUGCUCCUACGUCUUUGUCGGCGUUGGAAUCCACGAUAACGUCCAGAAGCUGGUCAACCACCACGGCCUCAAUGUGACCAAUGUGAAGGACCUGCAUGACUGGGCGGAAGGAUGUGAUCGGGCUGAAGGGCCUCGAUCUUGA